CACACUCAGUUUCUCCCAGCCUCGGACCUUCACCUGACAUUCGCACACAGCUCAGGAACCAUGUCUGCUACGUACCUUCUUCUCCUGCUGGUCCCCGCGAUCUCAGCUCAGACUUUUCACUGGGGUGCCUGCCCUAUUCCAGAGGUGCAAUCUAACUUCACCCUUCAACCGUACAUGGGUAAGUGGUAUGAGAUUGAAAAGCUGCCCGAUAUUUUUGGAAGAGGACAGUGCAUCAGGGAGGAAAACACCAUGAUGGAAGAUGGGUCUGUUCAAGUGUCGUACUCACAGGUGUGGGACCCCCAGAACCAUCAGGGUAAAAGGUGGUACCUGGAAGGGACAGCCAAAGUUAUAGACCCACAAGAACCAGCCAAGCUUGGAGUCAACUUCUUGUCUUUUCUUCCUUACACCCCAUACUGGGUUCUGUCAACCGACUACACCAACUAUAGCAUUGCGUACUCCUGCAAAGAUGUCUUUGGGAUCUUCUACUUUGAUUUCGCCUGGAUUCUUGCGCGGUCACCUUCUUUGCCUCCACAGAUGGUGGAUCAGGCCAAGCGGAUGCUGAUCAGCGGGGGGAUCGACAUUUCCAAUAUGACUCCCACAGAUCAGAGCUGUAGCGUUUAGCAAGAACUGGCAGAGAUGUUCAGUUAUUGUAGAGUGUGUUUUUCUCUGAAGGUUUUUUCCUUGAUUACCUACGCCAGUAACUUUUUACAUGAGCCAUUGUUUUUAAAAAGUACAUUAUUUUUGUGUUUUAAUAUGUUUUGCAAUUAAACGACCAUCUCAUCGAGCAAAAGUUAUUUCCAUCAUGAUUCAUCUUCAUGUCACAGUUCUUCAAAUCAAAGUGCUGUCAUACAGACAUGAACACAGAAAUGGUUUGAACUCUGUGUGAGCCGCCUGAUAGUUGGAAACUAUUCAGUUAAAGCUGUCCUAUUUUUAAAGGUUUUGGAUUUAAUCAACUAAAGAGU